GUUACAUAUUUUCUACCGCACAAACGCGCAUCUAUACGCCUUCCCUUCGAACGUCAUCAUUCUAUUUUGAUACGAGUUAACCAAAGAUGUAUAAAACGAUGGAGCGUCACACUUCAUUUAAGAGAAUCUUAUUUCCUAGAGCCGAGAAAUCAACCAAUGGAUGAAGGUUGCGUUCAUAUCCAGGAGCCAUUUAUGCUUGAAAGCAAUCUAAAACAUUCACCUCCAUGUUAUUGCAUCCUUGAAUAGAAAUUGCUUCAGAGCUAGCUAACAAGCUUUCACAUCUUUUUUUUUUUUUUUUUAGAGAUAUGGUUCUGCUUCGCCGUUUCAUCUCGCGGCUAAUGCAAUGCAAUUCGUGAUUUCAUCCAGACGACAUGGCAAUCUCUAGUUGAACACGGCAGUGUGAAGUCAUCCUUUUCCGUGGAUUGCGCCGCGCACGUGAGUGGCGCGACAACAUCCCCUGUCACCCACACCUUUGACGCAUCACGUGAUGAGCGCUUCCCCUGAUAACUCGUCGUCCACACGCGCCGCUCAGCAACGACUUCCGUGCGGGCCCUUCGCUGUCUGUCAACAGCAACUUUUCGAAGGCAAUCGAAUGUUCGUGUCGCAACGACGCCCUGGCGUUUUGACGACGGAGAGUAAGGAAAUGUUGCGUCGUCGUCUGAGGCGUAUAAAAGUACCCUUGCCGCAUCGUCUCCAGCACAAAAUUGCAGGCGUAGCGCUGAUCGACAUACGGACAAUGAAAUCCGCAACAACAGUGGUGCUCCUUGCAGCCGUUCUAGUCGAAUCCACACUGGCUUCACAAACUAGAGAUCCAAACUGGCAACCACCGAAGCCACAGAAGUGCGCCGCCGGCGAAGUUUGGAAAGAGUGCGUGAGUCGCGGAUGCGGAGAGAAGACUUGCCCGCCGAAGAAAUUUGAGCCCUGUCUGUCGACCUGCGAGUACGGCUGCUACUGCGCCGAAGGCUUCUUCAGAAAUGCCAAAGGCCGCUGCAUCAGCGAGUGUACGAGCCAGUCUGUUCCAGAAUCUCCGAGUCCUCACCCUCUACCUGAAACUUGGUUCCUUCCUCCAGGCCGACCACUACCGCACCCUCAGCCCGGUUCCCAUUCUAGGCCCGGUCUUUUGCGCCCUAUUCGCCCUCAGACAAGGCCCGAAGUUUAUCCCAGGCCGCCACAUAUCACCAUUCUUCCUGGACCUCAGCCUCAGCCCAUUCUUUACCCUAAGCCGAGCAUAAAUACCGAGUGGAAUCAGAAGCCGGUGUCGAUAACAUUGGAUUGACUUCUCGGUUCGUUCGGAAUAUGGGUCUACUAGAUUCUAUUGAAACGUACUACGGGCACAAAACAUGUCAGCGUUGUUCAUUCCCACUAAUAAAGUUUUAUGAGAAUUUCUA